AGUCGGUGCUCGGGGGUGCUCGAGAGAGAGGGGCUUGUUCUUGCCCUUGAGUGUCGCUGCUGAAGGAGAGAGGAAUUUUGUAUGGCUGUAAGAUGUGUAUGCUCACCCAGAAAGGAGAAUAUCUGUGCUUGCUGUUGCCUCCUGUGCACGUCUACAGUGUACCAGGUUAGGGCAGRACCUGGCCUUAACAACCCAAAGAGUAAAUCAUAGGCAGCCUUGAAAACAGAGCAAAAGACUUUAACUUGUUGAAUUGCUGGCCUCAUCCAGAAGAGCUUUCAUUUUGAUCUCAACAGAACUUGGAGAUUUGCAUCAAAAUGUAUUGUGGAAACUACCAGAUACAGGGAACAAUUUUUCCUGCUCCAAAUUUUAAUCCUAUUAUGGAUGCCCAGUUGCUAGGAGGAGCCCUMCAAGGGAUUAGUUGUGAAAAAGAUGUAUUGAUUGAUAUCCUAACACAGCGCUGCAAUUCACAACGUCUUAUGAUUGCAGAGGCUUACAGAGACAUGUAUGGCAGGGAUUUAAUAGCAGACCUAAAAGAGAAUCUUUCUCAUCACUUCAAAGAAGUCAUGGUUGGCCUGAUGUAUCCACCUGCGUCCUAUGACGCUCAUGAGCUCUGGCAUGCCUUGAAGGGAGUAGACACGGAAGAAAAAUGUCUAAUUGAUAUAUUGGCCUCGAGGUCAAAUAUGGAGAUCUACCAGAUUAAAGAAGCCUACUUAAUGCAGUAUAAUAAUGAUCUUCAACAAGACAUUGAUUCUGAGACUUCAGGUCACUUCAGAGAUACACUUAUGAACCUUGCUCAGGGAACAAGAAUGGAAGGAUUUGCAGAUCCUUCUGCAGCUGCUCAGGAUGCAAUGAUCCUGUGGGAAGCAUGUCAGCAGAAAACAGGGGAGCACAAAAACAUGCUCCAAAUGAUUCUUUGCAACAGGAGUUACCAGCAGUUGUGGAUGGUUUUCCAGGAGUUCCAAAAUAUCUCUGGGCAAGACAUAGUAGAUGCUAUAAAUGAAUGUUAUGAUGGAUACUUUCAAGAACUACUGGUUGCAAUAGUUCUCUGUGUUCAGGACAAGCCUUCGUAUUUUGCUUACAGGCUUUAUAAUGCAAUCCAUGAUUUUGGAUUUCAUAAUAAAACAGUUAUAAGGAUUCUCAUCGCUAGGAGUGAAAUUGACCUCAUGACCAUAAGACAACGAUACAAGGAGAGAUAUGGGAAAUCACUUUUUCAUGAUAUUAAACAUUUUGCUUCCGGCCAUUAUGAGAGUGCUCUACUUGCCAUCUGUGCUGGUGAUGCUGAAGAAUAUUAAGCAAGACAACAGUGAAUUUUGAAGUCUGUACAAAUCCAUUUUAAGGUGAAAUUGAAACUAUAGAUGGUCUGUAACUGUAAGCUCUCCCUAUACUACAAGAAAAAAAGUCGUAUGUAUUUUUCUAAUUUUAAAUCUUUCUUGAAGCAGGAAAACAAUGUAUAAAAAAAGAUCCUGUCAGGAACAUUUUUAU